ACCUGAGUUUGUGUUCCAAACCUUCAGAGCAGGAAACAGCUCAACGGGAGUAGUGAAAAUUUUUGCUAGUCACAGAACGAUUGAGGCACGGAAGGCAGAGAAUAAAACGUUUGUAGUCUGUUGGAGCUGGACCAUUUUCUGAACAAAAACAUCUACUUAGCCAGGAGUUAAUAUUUCGGUAACGUUUGUACACAUUCUUGUGUUCAAACAUUCACCAGCGAAACAGGAAAGAUGUGACAAGAAAAAGCAAAAAAAGCAUUUUUCUGAUAGACGCAUUUUUGCUAUAAAAGCCUUCCGUGUUUCAGCCUUUUGAGUUUCAGCCUUUCGUAGUAGACCCCUUAUUUGUGCUGUUUGUUAGAAGUUUCAAAAACUAUAUCGAAAUGGCGAGAAAUGACCCGAAGAGUUACGAUACCCUGACGAAUCAGGAUACCAAUCCUUUUAACGACAUCAACAAACGAUCACCAACCAUCGAUGAAGAGGAAACGCCUCAAAGCAGCGGACUGGUCAUUCAUGUUGUACCGGAAACUAGUAAAGCUCGAUGGAACCACAUCGAAGAUUUAGACUCUUUUUUCACUCGUGUCUACUGUUACCACCAAAAACACGGAUUCUCUGUGAUGAUGCUGCAGAAAGUGUUUGAGUUAUUCCAGUUUAUGUUCGUUGUAGUGUUGAUUACCUACAUGAUUAACUGCAUUGACUAUGGAGUUCUUUUCAAUAAUAACAACUCUCACAACAAAACUACCCUUGCGGAUGUAAUGCAGUCCCCUGCGGAAUGUGUUGCAGUUCUUGGGCCCAUCGACUGGUUGCUGCUUGUGCUGGCCGCUAUCUUUUGGACGUUCCGGCUGUUUAAGUUCUUUUUUCAUUUCUUUCAGUUUUGGGACAUUAAGUUGUUCUUCAACACUGCGCUGAAAAUAGACGAUACUGAUUUGGACAAUCUUACCUGGCAUGAGGUUCAGAAACGGAUACGGGAAGUGCAGUCUGAAAUCCAAAUGAGCAUCAACAAGGAGCAGUUGACUGAACUUGAUAUCUAUCAUAGAAUUCUGAGAUUCAAAAACUACAUGGUUGCAAUGAUGAACAAAUCACUUCUUCCAUCUACAAUGCAGCUGCCAUUUUUAGGAAGUUUAGUGUGUUUAAGUCAAGCUCUGCGCUACAAUGUAGGAUUAAUUUUAUUCUGGGGACCUUGGUCACCAUUCGAAAAUAACUGGCAUUUGAGAGAGGAAUUCAAAAGAUCCAACAGGCGAACUGAGUUGGCCGCUCGGUUGUCGAAUCAAAUAUUCUGGGUGGCUAUUACAAACUUGGUCCUGUCACCGUUUAUUUUCCUCUGUCAGCUGAUGUACUUUUUCUUCAAUUAUGUCGAUUUGAUUAAAAAAGAACCUGGAACUUUGGGCAUCCGUUGCUGGUCACAAUAUGGAAAGCUGUAUCUGCGUCAUUUCAACGAGUUGGACCACGAGCUGGAUGCUAGGCUUACUCGAGCUUACCGACCGGCUGUCAAAUAUAUGGGCUCAUUCUCAUCGCCCCUGUUGACGGUGAUCGCGAAGAACAUAGCAUUUGUUUGCGGUGGGGUUGCAUCACUGAUAUUUUUGUUGGCUUUGUAUGACGAAGAUGUGCUUCAAGUACAGCACGUGUUGGGAAUAAUGACGGUGAUGGGGGCGGCGAGUGUUAUUUCCAGAUCACUCAUUCCUGAUGAGAACAUGAUUUGGUGUCCCGAACAGCUACUUCGCAACGUGUUGGCACACGUACACUACCUGCCGGCAUCCUGGCGUGGCUACGCCCAUACUUCCAUGGUACGCGAUCAAUUCGAGCAGUUUUUCCAGCUUAAAGCGAUGUACAUCCUAAAUGAACUGUUCAGUCCUUUCGUGGCUCCAUUUGUACUACUAUUCGUACUAAAACCGAAAGCUCUGGAUUUGGUCGACUUUUUCCGCAACUUCACAGUGGAUGUCGUUGGAGUGGGUGACGUAUGUUCGUUUGCCCAAAUGGACGUCCGCAAGCACGGUAAUCCAGACUGGCAAGUUACGAAUAGUGCAAUCGAGAAGGACCUGAACGAAGCGGUCAACACUCCAGUUAUGGAAAACAACCAGUACACGCAGGGUGAACAUGGCAAAACCGAGCUGUCGUUGGUUCAUUUCACUCUUACCAAUCCAACGUGGCAAAUGCCACCAGAGGCUAGACAUUUUGUUCAGGGUAUCAAGCGUCACGCCAUACAAGAUCUGAACAGGCAAAGGGGAAUGUUGUACGGAGCCACCACAACUACCAAUGCCAUGGCGCAAAGUUUACUUUCGAUGGAGAGUCUGGGCGAACAGUACCAGUCGAUUAUUCAUCCGAUUCUGCAAACCCAUCAUCUCUCUAACUCGCAACAACUUGGACUAUCGACGAAUCUAGGUGGCUUCGGAUCACCACCGCCAUCAUCCCGUGGUACCAUUCCGCAGCUAGCACCUUUGGGAAAUCUGCAGCAAUCAGCUGCCAUACAAUCGCACUAUCACUAUAAUUCACCGCCGUCGUUCGAUUUCGAACGAAUGUUGCAGCAGAAUCUCACCGACGCUAGCACGGCUGCCCCCUUGAGAAGUACUUUCCUUCAUAAUAUCAACGAAAACGAUGACGAUGAGACUGGUGGAGUGGGAUCAGUUGAAGGUGGUCAGCCUGCGUCAUCGAAUUUUGCGACUGAAGCUACUUCUAGCGGUUUUGAUCCUAGGACGACCAUGAGCUUCAGCACUAGAGGGGGUAUGAGCAGACGGGAAGGACCUGCCGAAGGAUCCCACAAUGGACUCCUGCCAAGUUUAUACAUGGACGGUUCUGCGUCGCACCCUGCCUCACACGAGGUCACGACAGCGGAUAUGUGUCUUAGUACAUUGUACCUGCACGAGUUGCAUCACAAUCAUAUGCGACGACGCGGUGGCAGCUUGCGCACCGAACAAAGUCAGCGCCAGCAAUGGCAGAGACCACAUCAACAACAGUCACCGGUAGUUAUCUUACCGGCAGUCGCAGGUGUCGGUGGGUCAACAGCUGCGGCCGAACGAACCCCACUGCUGGGUAGUAAAAAGUCAUAGCAAAACGCCGAAUGGGUCUAAUAGUAAGCGAGUUUAGUUCCACGUUUGGAUCACUAGGUAGCUGUCUAUUUUAUAUUAUGAUAACGCUAACGUAAGGAUUCAACAAAGUGAUACACACGCAGAUACGACUAGUCAUUGUCGUUGGCUGUGUUGUGAAAGCAAUUUAUGUAAGUUCAAGGAUAUUGUUUACUUUUUUUGUUUGCUAAGUGAUAUCGCAUCAGACAAUGUUCCACACAAACGCUACGGCAGCGCAACCCGGUUUGAAUCGUAAUUUUAGGUAGAGAAUCGUUUUCAUUUCAAUUAGAACUACUUAUCAUACUAUCUGCUUGUAACACGCAUUCGAAUCGAACCAACUGCAAAUCAUUGGUUUGUACAAGCGGUUCCAGUGAAAAAAGGAACUUUCAAGAAUUACAUUAUCGUAAGCGCGUUAUCUGGGAUAGUCUGUGUGAAUGAUGAACCAUGGUUGGUUGAAUAUAAUAUAGCUUAGUGUUGAAGCAGCAGCAGUCUACACUUUUGUACAUAGUUAAAACUAUUUUCUGCAUCUACAAGCGACGAAAUCUAUGAUAGUAGUAAACUAUUUUCCAAUUAAA